AUGCCAUCCGCUAAGAGACCAACCAACCUCGGAAUCGAUCCCGCUCACUGUCCUUACAGUAACUUCAAUCCUGUGACGCCAGCAGACAUUGACGCGGACUGCUUGCAGGUAUGUCACCCAAACCCACCUGCCCCACCUGACAUUCAAAGCUCACCACGGGUUCCGGCAAUGGCCAUACAGAGCCUGGAAGAUAUCCGAGGUGCAGAGCACCCUACUGGUUUGCUGGAAGGCAGGACUGAGCACAAAUCGCACCCCAACUUCAACAAACCACCAAUGGCCUGUUUUCCGAGAUAUAAACGCGUAAGGUUUGCGGAGAAGCCACAGACACAACAGUAUUCAUGCAGUCCAAUGGAGGAGAAAGUCAGCUUCGGUAAAUUUCGCAGGAGCCAGGAAUGGCAGACGACACAGUCCAUGUUUUCUUUCCUCGACAACCCCAAGGCCUCUAAGACAUGUCUACCUUCUGCAUGCUUCAAACGCAAGCCCACUACUAAGGAUGAGGCCAUUUGGAAGUCUGGAAAAAGCCUGCGAGAGAAUAUAACCGCUGUUUAUGUGGCUGACUCUCAGCUGGACGAGGGUUUUGUUGACAGUUCUACACCUCUCGGUGGGUACAUGUAUCCGGAAAGUCCGGUUAGGGGAGACGAGUGGGAAGGCUAUGAGAGACCCUCAAAGUUCUGGACGACGGAGGAAUACAGUGAAAGCCACCUCUACGAACCAGUCAGAGGACGGUCUGUUUGCCCAACCUACAUGCGUCCUGAGAGAUUGACUCGGCUGAAUUUGCCCCCCGAAGACUACUACGGUGACACCAGCGGCUGUGAGAGUUGUGACCUUUCCCCCUCAGAGCCUCCAGAGACGCCAGCCUUCCUAGAACAGCCAACCUUUGUCAAUACACCGAUUGGCACCCCCUCUUUUCCGAAUGCCUACGGCACCCAACCCUAUUCGCGACCACUGGAAGCCUGUCCAGAUCAACCCAGAUUAGUUUCCAACACGAUACCUGAUGUUGUUGGUCCCGGCGUUUAUGGUAUCGAGUGCCAGACGACUGUUUGCUCUCUACCAGCGCAGGAAGAAGGACAGGGCAAGCCAAAGAAGACAGUCUUCACUAAAGCAACUGUUUAUAUUCGACUUGAUGAUUUCCAUGACGGUUUGUGGAUUGUCAACUAA